GUUGGAAUGUAAAACCCUGAACAAUAUCGUAUGAGACAAGCUAUUUGAGAAAAACCCAACACAAACCCGGUUUUUUGUGCUUGGCUCAUAUUCAGCUAAGCUCAGCUCGCCGUAAGGCCGGACGCGAGACACUUCAUCCAAGCCCUGCCACGUCGUAUUGAUACAAAGCAAAGCACUCGCGACUUGGUGCACACACUAACUACAUGUUCUACUCUCCUCCUUUCUACAACCUCUAAGCAGCAGAAAUGGCAAUCAACAACUCCGGCAACCUAGCUCUGUUAAUCGAUGGGGACAACGUUUCAUCCAAAAUCAUCGUCGGCCUCAUGGCUGAGAUCGCCAACUACGGCACGGCCAGCGUGCGACGCAUCUACGGCGACUGGACCAAUCCCUCGCUCAAGAGCUGGAAAGCAUGCCUGCUAGACCACUCGAUACUGCCGAUCCAGCAAUUUGCGUACACCACCCGAAAGAAUUCCACUGACGGCGCCAUGAUCAUCGACGCCAUGGACCUCCUGUACACCGGCCGCUUCUCCAGCUUCUGCCUCGUCUCGAGUGACAGUGACUUCACGCGCCUCGCGGCCCGCAUCCGCGAGCAGGGCAUCACAGUCUACGGCUUUGGAGAGCGAAAGACUAAUUCCGCGUUUAUCGCAGCCUGCGACAAGUUCGUGUACUUUGACGUGCUCAAAGUUCCGGGGUACGAGUCCGAGGAGCCGCUUCUUGCACCUCAAAUACCUACGCCCAGGGCGACUGCUACACCUGAAGCAACUCCACGUCCUUGGGAACUCCCUCAUGUAGAACUGUCAAAGAGGCCGCUCGAUCAGGCGGCGCUCGACGGUUUGGCAAAAGCGGUGCGGAAUAGCGUUGGUUACGACGACAAGUACGCCACCCUGGCCGACGUUGGCACCUAUCUAAGCAAGAUCUCGCCCGACUUGAACGCGCGCAAUUACGGCUAUGAGCGCCUUCGGGAAUUUGUGGAAGCGUCCGGAAUCGUGAACCUGAAGUGGAAGGACAUGGGAGACAAACCUUCGAUUCCCCUAGUAUGUCUUAAGGAAAAUCUGGAGAAUACUAGCUACUAGACUUCCUUAAGGUUUCUUCUAUAAAAUUGGUCUACACAACAUCCAUCUCAUGACUGCUAAAGGCUAGGAGCGGAUAAUUAGCUAGAUAUACUCUAAGGGCCUCUUUUACAUCAUAUGUUCUCAGCAACCAAGGCGUGUGCAAAAGGUGACACCGGUUUUGUAACCUGCUGUAUGCAAAACUGAUGGCCAUCUUUGUGUAUGUCUGAAAAUAUACGGAACUCUAGAAUUGCGCCAUUCUUACUACAAC